AUGGAAGACCGGCGGCAGAGGAAGGGAGUUCGCGUGUCCCUGGCAUACUUGGAGCUGACAGACCUUCCCCCGGAUGUCAAGUACUCGUACGGAGACUGCCUUGUUGAACUUGACCUCAGUCAUAACAAAAUCACAGAUCUGAAGUUCCUCGCAGAUCUUCCGCGGAUACAGAGUCUGGUUCUGGACUCGAACCAAAUUACCUCGCAUGUAAAGAUACCUUUGUGUCGCAACCUGCAGACAUGUUUGUUCAUCAACACACUGGCCAAGAGCUGCCCCAGUCUCAGAAUCCUCUCGAUGAUGAACAACGAGGCGGCGCCGAGUUUCUUCAAUGGUGGCACCUUUUCUCAGUACAUGGACUACAGGUACUUCGUCAUCAGCAGUCUGCCCAAACUGGAGGUCCUGGACUACUCUAACAUAAGCCAAGAAGAAAGGAACCAGGCCAAACGGCUCUACCCAGCAGUCAUUGUAGACAACAGAAAAACGCAACGAAGGAAAAAGCCCCAUUCAUAG